GACUAGAGCAUUUACAUUUACCCUCCCUCAUUACACAAAUACACAUCACUUAAUAUGCUUAAAUCCAAUAAGAAUUCAACUUUUACACAGCUGGCAGUUGGGAAAGAUGCUUGAAAAAAUGCCCAUUGUCAAAAUACUUGCUUAAUAAUUGUGCACACAGUGUAGCGAUGUGCCAGCAAAUGGUAGUGUGAAAGAAGACUCUUAGCUAGCAAGAUCUAAAAUAUCUCAAUGUUUUAUGAGGUAGGAAAUGCACUCUGCAGGUUUGCCAGACCAGUGUGUACGCACUGAAUGCAAACAACUUGAAUUAAUGGAAAAAGAACAUUGUUGAGAAGAAAACUCCACAGGGAUGCUUUAUGGUAAUCUGUAUAGCUAAUCUUGAUAUUUUAUAUGCACUGGUAGUUCUGUUAACACUUUUCACACUGAGGAUACUACAAUCAUUUUUUACAUUACAAAAAACCUAAACAAACAACAACUGUGUGUUGCAGUGUAACCCGUAACUACCUGGACUGGCUGACUAGCAUGCCCUGGGGUACCAACAGUGAAGAGAACUUAUUAUUGGAGAGAGCCAAAGAUGUUCUGGAAGAGGACCAUUACGGGAUGGAUGAUGUUAAGAAACGCAUAUUGGAAUUCAUAGCGGUGAGCCAGCUGCGUGGUUCCACCCAGGGGAAGAUCUUGUGUUUCUACGGUCCUCCAGGUGUAGGAAAGACCUCCAUCGCCCGCUCCAUAGCCAGAGCCCUCAACAGACAAUACUUCAGGUUCAGCGUGGGAGGCAUGACUGAUGUGGCUGAGAUUAAAGGACACAGGUCUGGAAGUUUAUUCUGCCAAUUUUACUGAGUAACUGGGACAGUA